AUGGCUUUCCGUAAGGUUCUUAUGCUUUUGUUUUGUUUGGUUGCCAUAGUUACCAACCUUGUUAGUUCAACUAGUGCCAGGCAGCUAAAUGAUAAUAAUGCAGCAAAAGAUGAGAAGGGAGCAAAUGAAGGAGAUCAUGAAGUAGUGAAUAAUAAUCAUGUUGGUAACAAGGAGACCAAGCCACCAAUGAUGGGGCUAGGUGAUCAGAAACAAAUAGAUUUUCCACCAAUAUUUCCAUUUCCAUCAUUUUCAUUUCCACCAUUUCCAAUGCCUCAAAUCCCAUCAUUUGGUGGCAUUCCUGGAAUUCCAUUUCCUUCUCUUCCAGUUCCGGCAAUGCCUUUCCCUACAUUUCCUCCACUUGACAUCCCUGGGAUUGUCCCUACUCCACCUACUUAA